AUGUUACAUCUUUUCCUCAUCAGACAUGGAGAAAGUGAUAUGAAUGUACAAUUUGAAAGUACGAUUGGUGGAAGAGGUUCAUUAACACCAUUGACUGAUCGCGGAAGGUUGCAAGCUGAACAACUUGGAAAACAUCUGGCAAGAGAGGCGGCAACAUUUACAGCCAUGUUUACUUCGACUGCAAAAAGAACGCAAGAAACUGCAGGCAUUGCACUUUCUCAAAUGAAAGCAUACGACAAAGGUCUACAAAUAAUCGAAAAUAUUGAAGAAUUAUCACAAGGAGAAUGGGAAGGAAAAAAUCGUCAAGAAACUUACACUGAUGAGAUAACGGCACUCAUAGAGAAAGAUAAUUAUAAUUUUGCUGCUCCAGGUGGAGAAUCACAGGCACAAGUUGAAAAACGAAUGUUAGACUUUAUAAAUGACCAUAUUCUAUUACAGUUUGAUCCUAAACAAUCUCUGAAAUUUGGCAUAUUUGGACAUGGAUUUGCAUUUAAAUGUAUUUUACGACAUAUUCUGAACUCCGACCCAUCGAUGACAUGGAAAAUUCAACUUGAUAAUACGUCUAUCACGGAAAUUGCAUAUUCAGUUAGAGGAUGGCAUAUUAUCCGAGUGAAUGACAUUUCCCAUCUGAAAAUUUAA